UUACUGGUGCGUGCGAGCAUGCGCAGUAGCGGUCUGGAGGUGACCGUGCGGCCUGACUGAAGGUGGAGGGUGAGCGUUUGUCUGUCGGUGUGUCCCUGAGCGCCCGGUGACCGCUGCCGCCUGUCCUCGCCCCUCAGCCCCAUCGUUUGAGUCUCUGCGGAGUUGGAAAUGGCCGCGAAGGUCUUGGAAACCGUCGGCAAGGUUGGCCUCGGGCUGGCCAUCGUUGGAGGAGUCGUCAACUCGGCGCUUUUUAACGUUGAUGCUGGACACAGAGCAGUGAUUUUUGAUCGAUUUCGUGGUGUUCAAAAUACAGUUAGUGGAGAAGGCACGCACUUUCUUAUUCCAUGGGUACAGAGACCAAUUAUUUUUGACUGCCGAUCGCGGCCACGGAACGUUCCAGUUAUCACAGGUAGUAAAGAUUUACAGAAUGUAAACAUUACACUGCGUAUCCUCUUCAGGCCAGUGUCAGACCAGCUACCUAGGAUUUAUACCACUAUUGGUGAAGAUUAUGACGAGAGAGUACUGCCAUCCAUCACCACAGAAAUCCUGAAGUCAGUCGUUGCCCGAUUUGAUGCUGGUGAACUGAUCACGCAGAGAGAGCUGGUGUCCAGACAGGUCAGCGAGGAUCUGACUGAGAGAGCUUCCACUUUCGGACUCAUCCUGGAUGACGUGUCACUGACGCAUUUGACCUUUGGCAAAGAGUUCACGGAAGCUGUAGAGCUCAAGCAGGUUGCACAACAGGAAGCUGAGCGGGCCAGAUUUAUUGUAGAAAAGGCCGAGCAACAGAAAAAAGCAGCAGUCAUUACUGCCGAAGGAGACUCCAAAGCCGCAGAGCUGAUUGCUAACUCUUUAUCAAAGGUUGGGGAUGGCCUGAUUGAACUGAGAAAACUAGAAGCAGCAGAAGACAUUGCUUUCCAACUCUCAAGAUCCCGCAAUGUAACCUAUUUGCCAUCUGGUCAGUCGACACUACUCCAGCUGCCCCCACAUUAACAAAGAACUUUGUCACGAUGUGUCAUCUGUCCAGAUUGGCUAAAUCGUUUUUUAUAUACACAUGUCCAUUCUCUCAUUACAACCUUUGACACUGAAAAUCGCAUUGGCCGAUAAGGAUUAGAAAGAAUGAUGUUUAAAAAAAGUCAAUAAUCGGUUCUACAUUUGAUUUUCUUUGCAUUGUCUUUUCUGUGUGCUGGGGUUGGCUUUUCAAGCCAUUUGUGAUUGAUGUAGUUUAUACUGUCUCUGCAGUAAUCAUCCUUGAUAUAAAAAAAAUCUGAAAAUAAAUGGCUUACAAACAACCAAUGAUGAUGAUAAUUCAUAUUUUUUUUUAAUUACCGAAAACUUCUGCAUUCCAACAAAAUGUGGAACAGAUUGCUGAAUUUGAGUAAUAUAGUUUACAGUAUGCAGUAAAAAAAUAUGCAUUUUGUGAUUAAAGCAUAGUGUAGUGCUAGAGAUCUGGGAUUAAAAUCAGUGCAAGUGCAACAGUAUUGUAAUGACUGCUCCUUCAAUAUAAAAUUGCAGAAUGCUUCAGAACCUUAUUAUGUUUCUGUAUCUAUUCUGUAUUUUUCAUAGCCAGUGUAAAGGUGUAUUUAAUGACUUGUAAUGGAUGCACAAGAAAGUAGAUUUCUUUUUAACUCAAAAUAAAUGCACUGAUGCCAUUGA